AUGGAGUCGUCAACAGCUUCAGGAGCUGAAGAAAAUACUAUUACCAAAGGAUACAACGAUACGCCAUCAUUUGAUGACUAUCUAGAAUAUCAAAUAGGAAUUGCCCUCUGGAAAUAUAUGUCACCAGUUGUAAUCGUAGUUGGAGUUAUUGGUAAUAUUCUAUCAUUUCUAGUCACGAGAUUUACAAGAAUGAAGAGGUACAACUUUUCAAUAUAUUUGUCUGCUCUGGCCAUUUUUGAUAUAGGAGUACUCGUCGUCGGUCUUGUACAACAAUGGAUCUUUUACACGUUUGACUAUGAUAUCGUAUCUGUGCACGAAUGGGGUUGCAAGCUCUUUGAAUCAAUCUAUAUCUUUACGAGCUUAUCUGCCUGGAUGUUGGUCUGUGUCACAAUUGACAGAGUUAUUAUCGUUUACCUACCCCUAAAAGCAAAGUCAAUCUGCACUAAGAAUAAAACAAUAAUUGUAAUAUGCCUUGUCACAUUAUUCACUGUUGGACUGAACUUGCACUGGAUUUUCUCCGUUGGAGAGCGUCUUUAUAUGGGUGAACUAUAUACUUGUGCAAACAAAGAAGCCUUUGAAGAUUUCAUCAUCACUUACUGGCCCUGGAUUGAUGCAGCAUUUGCUUCGUUUAUUCCAUUCACCAUUCUAGUCAUUUGCAACAUUUUAAUUGUUGUUAAGUUGUUGAAGGCAGGGAUUCGUCGAAAUAAGCAAAUGAACGCCUCCAAUUCGAAUAUGAACGACGCUGUAAAGUCCAUGACGAUUAUGCUCGUAGUGAUAUCCUUACUGUUCAUAUGUUUCACAGCUCCAAUCGUCGUCGACAUAGCAAUAUUUAAUUUGAACUACGAUCAGCAACUCACAACAACGUUGGCUGAAGAUGCACAUGAUGAACUCAGAUGGGCAAUUGUAAAUAUGUUAGUUUACCUCAACAGCGCGAUGAACUUCUUCAUGUACUGCCUGAGUGGAAAAAAGUUUCGCGAGUCGUUGAAAGACUUGUUCUGUCGAAGGAAAUCAGCCAUGCGCAAAUCAACAUAUACGUCAAGGACAGGUAUAAGUCAGAUUAAAACCGACUCCAAAUAAUGAAAAGCAAUACUUCGAUUGUAAACAAAAUCGAUCCGGAACCAGUAUAUUGUUAAAGUUGAUUGUAUUACAUUUUUUUAUUUCUGUCGAUCAAAAAUGAACAAUGACCGAGGACAUAAAAUGUUGUACAAUGAUCAAGAAACUUUUCUCGUUUUUCAGUAUGACCGCAACUUAUAUUAAAACCUUUUCUGAAUGCAGCUUAUUCAAUAAGUACACAAUAAAGACUAUAUAUACAGAGACUCUAUAUUCAGUAGAUUAUAAAUAAAAACUAUAUAGAAAAUAAAGAAUAAGAUAAAAAAUAACAAAAAAAAAAAAUAAAUAAAUAAAAAAUA